CGCCUUCCUGCGCGCGAGCGAGUGUGUCGCCUUCUAUGCAGAACGCCUCGCGGAGGAGAGGCUGAAAGGAAAAUGGCUGACGGUGUGGACCACAUCGAUAUCUACGCAGAUGUGGGAGAGGAGUUCAAUCAGGAAGCUGAAUAUGGUGGCCAUGAGCAAAUAGAUCUUUAUGAUGAUGUUAUUUCACCUCCUGCUAAUAAUGGAGAUGCUCCCGAAGACCGAGACUACAUGGAUAGUCUCCCACCAUCUGUGGAUGAAGUUGGGAAAGGGGCCCCUGCCAAUGUUGUUUAUACAUACACUGGGAAGAGGAUCGCCCUCUAUAUUGGAAAUCUUACAUGGUGGACUACUGAUGAAGACUUGACAGAAGCCAUUCAUUCUGUUGGAAUCAAUGAUGUUUUGGAGAUUAAGUUCUUUGAAAACCGAGCCAAUGGCCAGUCAAAAGGGUUUGCUGUUGUUUCUGUUGGAUCAGAGUCAUCUUCCAGGAAGCUAACCGAGUUGCUGUCGAAGAGAGAACUUCAUGGACAAAACCCAGUUGUUACCCCAUGUAACAAACAGUCACUGAGUCAGUUUGAAAUGCAAUCACGGAAAACUACUCACUCAGGACAGAUGUCUGGGGAAGGCAAAGCUGGUCCUCCAGGUGCAAAUUCUCGUGCAGCAUUUGCCCAAGGGGGUAGGGGAAGAGGGCGCUUCCCAGGUGUACCUGGCCCUGGUGUAGACAGAUUCCCAGGACCUGUUGCACCAGGAGGGCCACCCCCACCAUUCCCAGGUACCCUCCUCCUGCGUGCAUCUUUUCUACCAGGAUUACAAGGACCCCCUCGACCACCACCAGGCCCUCCUGGCCCUCCUGGUCCUCCUGGACCACCUCCACCUAAUCAGAAUCUUCCACCACCUCUUUCAGGACCACCUAAUAGAGGGGAUCGACCUCCUCCACCAGUAAUGUUUCCUGGGCAGCCUUUUGGUCAGCCUCCAAUGGGCCCUCUUCCUCCUGGUCCACCUCCACCUGUCCCAGGCUAUGGGCCGCCUCCUGGUCCACCUCCACCACAGCAAGGUCCUCCUCCACCUCCUGGGCCUUUUCCUCCUCGUCCUCCAGGUCCCAUUGGGCCUCCAAUUGCACUGGCCCCGCCUCCUCACCUCCCUGGCCCCCCUCCAGGAGGUCCUCCACCUGCUCCUCAUGUUAACCCUGCUUUUUUCCCACCCCCUGCCAACAGUGGUAUGCCCUCUUCAGACAGCAGAGGUCCUCCUCCUUCAGAUCCUUAUGGUCGGCCGCCACCUUAUGAUAGAGGAGACUAUGGCCCACCUGGCAGAGACAUGGAUGCCGCAAGGACUCCAUUAAGUGAAGCAGAAUUUGAAGAAAUAAUGAACAGAAAUCGUGCAAUUUCAAGCAGUGCUAUUUCAAGGGCAGUUUCAGAUGCUAGUGCUGGUGAUUAUGGAAGUGCUAUAGAGACGCUGGUUACGGCUAUUUCUUUAAUUAAGCAAUCCAAAGUAUCUGCUGAUGACAGGUGUAAAGUACUGAUAAGUUCAUUACAAGACUGUCUACAUGGAAUUGAAUCCAAGUCUUAUGGUUCUGGUUCAAGAAGACGAGAGAGAUCCAGGGAGAGAGAUCACAGCCGGUCAAGAGAGAAAAGCAGACGUCACAAAUCUCGUAGCAGAGACCGUCAUGAUGACUAUUACAGGGAAAGAAGCAGAGAGCGUGAGAGGCAUCGCGACCGGGAAAGGGACCGGGACCGUGAGAGGGACAGGGAGAGGGAGUACCGCCACCGUUAAGGAAGCUGAAGGAAGAGGAAUGUUUGACAAGUCAAGACGGGCCCGUCAUGGAAAGACUGUCAGUGUCUCUUUCUACUCAUGGAUAAGAGUGAACUUCAUAAUCUUCAAGGAUGUGUAAAACAGCAAGAGUAGAGUAAAUCAAAUCUACACAUGGUAACCGAUGGCUCUCUUUUUUUAUUUUCCUUUUAUUUUAUUUGAACACAACCUGUGUGAUAAAAAAAAAAAAAAUCUCUUUACAGAAAUAAAAAUUUGCCUUUUUCUCUCCAAAACAAACAUUUGACAUGUUGUAAGCAUUUUGAAAUGUUCAUAAAAAUAUUGUUUUUAUAGUUUUCCUGUUAAAGGAUAUGUUUCAUGUAAUGUGUGUAAACGUCUCAGCUUUGAUAAUUAAAUAGAUCUAGUGUUGUAAUAAACUCUUUACUGGGGCUGAUAAUUGUUCAAAACCUGCCAUUUUUCCCAGUUCAUUUAUAUUAAAUGUAUGUGCUGUAAAUACUA